UUAUAAUUUUGUACUUUGUAGAAUUUAACUUCCUGCUGGACAUGGCUACUGACCUGCCAGAUGAGCUGAUGACAACCAGUGACAAUUCAUCUGCAGUUUCUACACAGAAUGGAACUGAUCCAACACAGCAUGUUGGAAAUCAGGAAAGUGCAAGUCAAAGACAUCAACAUAUUACACAGCUCUUGUCUAAUGUGUCAACACCAGCAAGUAGUGCAAAUAGCAGUAUUGCUAAUAGUGCAAACAUAGGAAUGAACAAUGCUUUAAACAAUGCAGUGAAAAGCCCCUUGUCAAAUAGUUUACAAUCACCUCCACAUGGACUUGUGCAAAACAAGCCAGGACCACCCGCAUCAUCUCAUUAUCCAUCAGACAGUAAUACAUUUGUGUCAAGUAGUGCAUCAUUCUCAUUAGCCAACUCAACAUCAUCAUCCAUGUCAAUGCCUAGUUCAAUGUCUAAUAUGCCGGGAAAUAUGAAUAUGAACACAAUCUCGCAAUUAAGUGUUAACAAUAUUCCCCAUCCACCAAAUCAAAUGAUAAAUGGACCCCAAUAUGCCAUGAAUGGUGCAGGUGGGGGUGUACGGCAGCCACAAGUGAGGGGAAUGAUGAUGCAGAAUCAAGGCAUGCAGCCACAAAGCAUGAACAAUAUGGGCAUGUCUCAGCAGAAUAUGAUCGGGGCUUUAAGCAAUACCCAGAUGUCACGGCAACCUAUGGAUCACGCUGGCAUGAUCCAAAGUUCACAACAACAAAUGAUGAAGCCUAAUGGACCACUGGGUGGAGGUGGCGGGUUCCCCAGCUAUAAUCAGGUACAGGGUACAGGGCAUCAGCUACCAGUGCCCACGUCUAACUACAAUACAAACACAAACAACAACAAUCCCUCUACCGUACUCUCGUCUAUGUCCUCUCCACCACCGCACAGCAUGCCUGCCCAUAACCCUAACACUCAACAGGUUCCACAAACUCAACCAGUGCCCCAUACUGGUGUACCGGGUGCUCCAGGCGCUCCGGCUGCUGCCACUCAACCGCAGUCUGCAGACCCAGAGAAACGCAAAUUGAUACAACAGCAACUGGUGUUGUUGCUGCACGCCCAUAAGUGUCAGCGUCGAGAACAGAAUAAUGGGGAAGCUUGCUCUCUGCCACAUUGUAGAACGAUGAAGAAUGUUUUAAAUCACAUGACCACUUGUAAUGCUGGAAAAUCUUGUCAAGUUGCACAUUGUGCAUCAUCUAGACAGAUCAUUACACAUUGGAAGAAUUGUACACGGCAGGAUUGUCCUGUAUGUCUACCAUUGAAACAUGCAUCUGAUAGGCAGAAACAGCCAGGCGGUAAGCUGAAUAUUGCGUUUCCAAAUGAAGCAGGUCCUCAACAGACAAAUGCUACACCCAACACAGGGCCUCCAAGUGCUGUCAACUCUGUAGGACCCCCAGCAGUUCCUCCAGGAAUGAAUGAUGCCCAGCUUCAGAAAGCUUAUGCUGCCCUUGGGCUCCCGUAUAAUGGGAAACAGGCCUCUAGUCUUCAAGCCAAUACCAACAGAGCUCCAGUUAACAGUCAAGUGAGUUUAGGACUUAACACUACUGGCCAAAGCCCAGCAAGUCAGUUACUGGGCAAUCAGAACAACCCCAUGAAUUCUAUAUUAAACACAAGCAGUGCUCUGUCUGGUAAUGAUGGCUUACAAAUAAUAGCACAGACCAAUAGAGGAACUAAAGAAUGGCACCAGAGUGUAACACAAGAUUUGAGAAACCAUCUUGUUUAUAAACUAGUUCAAGCCAUUUUUCCUACUCCUGAUCCAGCUGCUCUAAAAGAUAGAAGGAUGAAUAAUCUAGUAGCAUAUGCAAGAAAAGUAGAAGGGGAUAUGUAUGAAACAGCUAAUAGCAGGGAGGAAUACUACCACUUUUUAGCAGAAAAAAUUUACAAAAUCCAAAAAGAGCUUGAAGAAAAAAGAAUUCAACGUCGAGAACAACAGAAACAACAGUUACCUGGCGACGCAACUGGUGCUGGCAUCAGACCACAAACCAAUGGUCCUAUGUCAAAUAUUCUAUCUACUAUUGGUGUACAAGGGUCUGGCAAUGACCCAUUUGGAAAUCAGCCAAAUUUGGUGACUCCGAAUGUAGGCCCAAGACUGCCAGGGAUGGCUGCACCACAUCCAAGGUCCACACCUCCUUUGAUGAAUAUGCCUGGAAAUCCAAACCAAAUGAAUAUGGGUUUGAACACUAAUCAGUUUGACCAGCUUAAUACACGUAUGCCUGGUCAUGUAAUGAACCAGCAACAGUCACAACAACAGUUACAGCCUCAUCUUCAGCAGCAACAUCAGGCCACUAACCCAAACCUUAUGGCCAACAAAGGACCACGUGGUAUGUCAUCGCCUCAGGUUCAUCAACAAGGGGUGUUGGGAUCUAGUCAGUCCCAGAUUCAGCAGUCCCUUCCAGCCAGCAGUAACCUGGCAUCAAUGGCUAAUCGUUCAUCUACGGACACUCUUGUCUCAUCAGUUCAGUCAUCAAUGGCAACAUCUUCAUCUAUACAAACCAGUAUUGGCAUGGAUCCAUUGGCAUCAUUAAGUGGUCAGGAUAAGAAGAUCAAGUUAGAAGGCACAAUGGAUGUAACCACCCAGCCAAACACCUUAUCUGAGGUGUUAUCAUCGCCUAACCCAGUUUCUUCGGAACAGGGACCUACCAUGUCAACAACAUCUGUAGUCACUUCAUUAUCAUCUUCUGGUGCCAUUACAAGCACAGCAUCAAAUGCCAUGGACAUCAAAACGGAAAUAAAAUCUGAAAUAAAAACAGAGGUAAAACAGGAGCCUGGAAUGAUGGAUAUCAAACAAGAGAUUCCCAGUGUUGAUUCAGGAGCUGUCACAACGCCUAAAGCAGAGCCAACAGAUGGGAACGAUGAUGUCAAACCAAGUCCGAUGGACACAAGUCAGACUAGCACAACACCAGUCCAGUCUCCUGCGCCUCAAAAACCUAGAGCAAGAAAAAUAUUUAAACCUGAUGAGUUGAGGCAGGCUUUGAUGCCAACAUUAGAGAAGUUAUACAAACAAGAUCCAGAGUCAUUGCCAUUCCGUCAACCAGUAGAUCCUGUUGCCUUACAUAUACCUGAUUACUAUGAAAUAGUUAGAAAGCCAAUGGAUCUAUCUACAAUUAAACGUAAGCUGGAUACGGGACAGUACAAGGAUCCAUGGGAGUACGUAGAUGAUGUCUGGCUAAUGUUUGACAAUGCAUGGGUAUACAACAAAAAGUCAUCACGAGUUUAUAAAUAUUGCACUAAGUUAUCAGAAGUAUUUGAGCAGGAGAUCAACAGUGUAAUGGUGUCACUGGGCUACUGUUGUGGUAUUAAGCUGUCAUUUAGUCCGCAGGUGCUCUGUUGCUAUGGUAAACAACUGUGCACUAUUGCAAGAGAAGCAGUAUAUUACAGUUAUCAAAACAAGAAAAAGGAACUUUUGUCUGAUAAAUACACGUACUGCGAGAAGUGCUUUCUAGAGAUACAGGGUGAUCAAGUUGAACUUGUUGAUGACCCAACUCAGCCUACUGUGAAAGUACCAAAAGAUCAGUUCACAAAACUUAAAAAUGAUGUGCUAGAAAUGGAACCGUUUGUUGAUUGUGAUGAUUGUGGAAGAAAACUUCAUAAAAUUUGUGUGCUACAUUUUGAACCUAUCUGUAAUAAUGGGUUUACAUGUGAGAAUUGUUUAAAAUCUAAAGGAAUGAAAAGAAAAGAGAACAAUAAGUAUUGUGCAAAAAGAUUACCCGGUUCAAAGUUAGGCAAUUAUUUAGAGAAUCGCAUCAACACAUUCUUAAGAAUGAAGGAUGCAGGUGCUGGUGAGGUGUCUAUAAAAGUGCUAUCUAGUUCAGACAAAUUAGUUGAAGUCAGACCUGGCAUGAAAACUAAAUUUGUUGACAAUGGAGCUUUCCCUGAACAAUUUCAAUACAAAGCAAAGUCAAUGUUUGUAUUUGAAGAGAUAGAUGGGACUGAUGUGUGCUUCUUUGGUAUGCAUGUCCAGGAAUAUGGCUCAGAAUGCCCUUUUCCAAAUACCAGACGAGUGUACAUCUCUUACCUAGACAGUGUACAUUUCUUUCAACCUCGGCAGCUUCGUACAGCAGUUUAUCAUGAGAUUCUUAUCGGCUACUUAGAAUAUGUUAAAUCCCUUGGUUAUGUUUGGGCUCAUAUCUGGGCGUGUCCUCCAAGCGAAGGGGAUGAUUAUAUAUUUCAUUGCCAUCCCCCAGAACAGAAAAUUCCAAAACCCAAACGACUUCAAGAGUGGUAUAAGAAAAUGUUAGAUAAAGCACUCAUUGAAAGAAUAGUAAUAGAUUAUAAGGAUAUAUAUAAAGACUCAUCAGAAAAUGGUGUACGUGAAGUGACUGACCUGCCAUACUUUGAGGGUGAUUUCUGGCCGAAUGUUCUUGAGGAUAUCAUUAAAGAACAGGAGGAAGAAGAAAAGAAAAAACGAGAAGAAGAAGAAGCUGCUGCGGCUGAAGCGGAAGGGUCAGUUGGUGCUGAUGAAAUUGAAGAAUCAACUGCAGUGAAUUCUUCGCAGGAUGCCCAAGGCAAGAAGAAAGGCAAAAGUCAGAAAAAGAAAAAUAACAAAAAUAAGAACAAUAAUCGUAAGGCUAACGGCAAGAAGCCUGCUCACGGUGGAAAUGAUCUCACAGCCAAAUUAUACUCUACCAUGGAGAAACAUAAAGAGGUUUUCUUUGUUAUUCGUCUUCACACUCAACAAAGUGCUAACCAUCUGCCCCCAAUCAAUGAUCCUGAUCCUCACAUGAGCUGUGAAUUAAUGGACGGUCGUGAUGCACUGCUUACACUUGCUAGAGACAAACAUUAUGAAUUCUCAUCUUUACGGCGAGCCAAAUAUUCCUCUAUAGCUUUGCUGUACGAGCUGCAUAAUCAGGGAAAAGAGAGUUUUGUGUACACAUGUAACACUUGCGAGGCCCAGGUGGAAACUAGGUGGCAUUGUACUGUAUGCCAGGACUUUGACUUGUGCAACACAUGUUACCACAAAGAUGGUCAUCAUCACAAAAUGGACCGUCUCGGUUUUGAUCUCGAUGAUGGGACAUCAUCCGGAGAUAAACAAGAUCCUCAGGAAAAUCGCCGUCAAUCUAUUCAGCGGUGCAUUCAAUCAUUGGUUCAUGCAUGUGGUUGUAGGGACGCUAACUGUCGCCUGCCUAGUUGUCAUAAGAUGAAACGUGUUGUGGCACAUACUAAAGUAUGUCGCAAAAAGACUAACUCGGGUUGUCAGAUUUGUAAACAACUUAUUGCUCUGUGCUGUUAUCAUGCCAAACAUUGUAAUGAACAAAAGUGUCAAGUGCCAUUCUGUCUUCAAAUAAAGCAAAAGUUGCGACAACAACAGUUGCAAAAUAGGUUUCAUCAGGCACAGCUUAUGCGAAGACGUAUGGCUACCAUGCAGAUGGGUCAGAAUUCUACACCAGCCAUCUCUCAGGCAAGUGCUGCACCAACACCACCCAUGUCUGGAGGUGGAGGUAAAUCAGCUGGCGGUCCUCCACCUGCAGCUAUGGCUGCAGCUUUAGAAGCACAGGAGGCAGCUCAGAGGCAAGCAGGAAGCAUGGGUAAACCUGGAAUUGGUGCAAUGCCUCCUCCUAAAGCCAAACCACAAGUCACAAGUGUAGGUGUUAUGCCACAACCAAGUAUGACUCAACAGUGGUCACAACCAGGUCAACAGAUGGCUCCACAAAAGCCUCAACCUCCUCCAAUACCACAGACCAUGGCACAAUCUACUUUACCCCAAAAUUUCCAGCAGAAUCAACCGGGUAUGGCUCAGAUGAGACCCAUGCAACAGAUACAGCGCAUGCCACAGAAUCCAGGUAUGGUGAACAUGAAUCCUGGUGUAGAUAUGAAUCCAGCAAUGAAUGUCAAUAGACAAAUGCUACAAAGACCACAAGGCCAAGGUCAAGGAGCACCUAACGAGGCCCUUGAGCAACUUCUUCGUACAUUAAAGUCUCCAACAUCACCUCAACAACAACAGCAGGUGAUUUCUAUUCUCAAGGCGUAUCCACAGUUGAUGGCAGCUUUUCUGAAACAGAGGAAUCCACAAGCUGGAGGGAUCAGUAAUCAAAUGCCAACUCGGCCACCAAGUCAACAAAUUGGUAUGCCAAACAUGCCCCAAAACCAAUCAAUAACUCCACAGCAGCAGGAAUUACUGUGGCAGCAACGUAUGAGGCAACAACAGCAACAGCAGCAGCAACAACAACAACAACAACAGAUGGGUCAGCAUCAACAAAUGGGUGGCAACCAAUUUAAUGCUCCAUUUAACCAAGUGCAACAACGAAGUCAAAUGCAGCCAUAUGGGCAGCCGAGAUUCCAAAACGACACAAUGCAGCAGUAUCAGAACUCAAACCACCAAAUGAUGCAACAGGUUCAACAACAACAGGCACAAUUAAAACAACAAAUGGUGGGUGUGGCAGGGGGCAAGCCUGUUAGUCCCCAGCAGAUGCUGUCCCAGCAAAACGUUAACUCUAAUUUAAUGCAACAGGUCCGAUCACCCCCAUCAUCAACAUUACAUCAGACUGUUCGUUCGCCACAGCCCACCCCAUCACCACGCCAGCAGCUCAAUCCGUCGCCACGUCAACCCCAAAUGUCACCCCAUCACAUACCUCCGAACCAGUCACCACACCCUAAUAUGCAGGGUGCUGGUGCACCCACAGACUAUAAUCAAAUAAACUCGGAUCAGGUGAUGUUACCCCAGUUACAAUCUCAUAAUAGUGUGCCUCAAGUGCAAAAUACAGGACUUGAUAUAGGACGUAGUUUACCCCAGGACACUGAAGUGAAUCAGCUGGCUCCACAAGACCAGUUAUCAAUGUUUGUGGAUACGUUGUAGCAGGAGUGAUACUAGAGUGUGCAUAAAUUAAUUCUAUAUAUAUAACUGUGUUAACUUAAUUAGUUGUUCAAGGAUUAACAGACAUAGAGUCUGUUGAAAUGUGUGUGAUUUUUUUUUUGUGGAAUAAUUUAAGACUGAUAGAUAUUUCUUGUUUGUCUAAUGUAAAAAGUAAGAUAUAUAGAGAUUGUUUCCAUUGAUUUUUUUCAGUUUUCAUUUUGUGUUCCCAGACUUGAACAAAAAAAUGUGUAUAUGUCUUUAAUAAGAGUGUAUGUAUGUAUAGGUUCAUUACAACAAAGUCUGUGAGAAAUGUAUAAAAGAAAAUUAUAUUUUAGUUACUAAAGUGUACAGAAAAUUUUCAUUUAAAAGAAAGUCCAUUUUUAUAAAUAUGUCAUAUCAUAAAUGUAUGAUUAUUAAUGCUGUAUUCGUACAUUCUCAGAUCAACCAUUUCCAGCAUCCAUCACUGCAAGCCAUCAGUUGUUUGUUCCCCCGACAUUCAUUCAUUUAUCUAUUUCCACAUUGCUCAUUAUUACUUCAGUGUAGAUAGAUUAAUAUACUUUGUUUAUUUGUAUGGUUUUAUUAAAAUAAAACAAAUACUGCUUUAACUAAAACAGGAUUAUGACUAAAACUAUGUAUGUCCAUAAAUUGUUUUUUUUCCCAUUCUGAAAACUUACUAUUUUUCGAUAUAUUUUUUGUUCUGAAUCUAAAUUUUUCAUUGGUUACAUAUAAUUGUACAGAAAUUCCAUAUUAUAUCUCUUGAGUUGAUGGGAAUAAAGUUACUGUGUCUCUUAUUAUAUACUGUUGAAAAACUAAACAGUAUUUCCUGCAUUAAAGAUUUCUCUACAGGUUUUAUCUUUGUUCGUAGUAAGGGUCGAGGAUGCUAAAUGAUACUUAAGUUUUUUUUAUAUGCUGUAAUGUGGAUUAGUUUUGAGAUAAGAAAGGUUUUUAUAGCAGCCAAGUCUGUGAUUGUUGCAGUCCUGAUUAAUUUAUAAACUAACAUUUUAUUCCAGCAUUUCGAUGCAAGAUUGGUUUAUUUUUUUUUUGUAAAUGUUAUAUCUAUGUAAUGUUUGUAAAAGAAAAGAACUAUAGAUAUAUACCUAUAUGAAUGUGUUUAACACGGUGAUUUACUAUGACACGAGAAACAGGGUCUUUUUAAAGCUACAAUUUAAUUUUUAUAUGCAUUUUUUCUUUUCAUAAAAAGCUAAAAGAAGUAGAAAAAAUAGUUUGGUGCAAUAUGAGUUUAAGUAUCCAUAUUACAAAUAAUACUUAUUAGAAAAAAAAAAUAUUUCUUGAACUACCCCAAGUUGAUCUUGGUUACUGUACUUAGAAGAAAAAAUUGAAUCUGUGAUUGAAUUCUCUUUAGUUGCCCCGUAUCUAAAGCUAAGUCUGUUUUUUUCCUGUCAUACUUUGUAAGUAAAUUGAAGGGAAGAGAAAAAAACACUGGUUCCUUUAUUUCUAAAUUAUUUAUAUUUCCAACAUUUUUAUCGUUAGAAAUAACGGAACCAGUUCUUUUUUUUUUGUUUUGUUUUUUUCAUUGUAGCCCUGUUGACCUGUUAACCAAAGGACCCAUAUAGGGGUUUUGAUUGUUUGUAAAGCUUUUGUAUUUUUGUCAAGAUUUCACAUUACGUCGGGAGUGCUGAUGGUCACUUGCAAAUAAUGUAAAAAAAUAAACAUUACAUAUUAUAAAAAAAAUCAUUUUGUUUUAUUAUUUUGCUCAAUUGCUAAUUGAAUGCUAGUUAAUGUAAAGUAUCUGUAUAAAAUACACUUGAAAGAAAA